AUGAUUGCGGACCGCGUAGUGAUCCCAUCUUCCCUCCGACCCAUUGUACUACGCCAGUUCCAUGCGGCUCAUCAUGGUAUCAGCCGAAUGAGGUCUAUUUCUCGCAGUUUUUCUUACUUGCUGGGUAUCGACGGCGACAUCGACGACCUGGUUCGACGCUGUUCUCGAUGUCAGCAAGCUGCCAAGAUGCCGCCUCGUCAACCGCCAGUACCCUGGCAACCCUCGGAGAGGCCUUGGUCACGCGUGCACAUCGACUUCGCUGGCCCUGUUAACGGAAUCUCCUACCUAAUCUUGGUUGACGCCUACUCGAAAUGGCCCGAGAUUGCUCCGCUGAAUCCAGAGGAGCUGAGGACAGCAUUUGUGAUAUAG